CGAAAAACCCAACCGAGAUCCGCAUGAGCACGCGAAACAUGUUUGCGUCGGGUCCUGUCGCCCCUUGAGACGCCCUUGGAAAUUAAUGGAGAGAAGGAUGGAUGAGUAAGAGAAUGGAUGGAUGCGACAGACCAGGAGGGAGGAGGGCUUCAACCCGUCAUGCCUUGGUGUGGCUCGCUGAUUGAUCAACAGGAUGGAGGAUGUAACUUGUUUCAGCACAGAAGCUGCCCUCGAGUGUCUGAACAUUGACCAACAGGAUGAUCUACAUCAUAAUGGGAGUUUCAGGCACUGGGAAAACAACUUUGGGGACGUUUCUGUCUGACAAGCUGGGGUGGCCUUUCCACGAAGGCGAUGACUUCCACCCGCCGGAGAACAUCGAGAAAAUGGCUCGUGGCGUACCGCUCACUGACCAGAAUAACACAAGCCUGGAGGAGUUCUGUGUGGUGGAGUUGCUAAUGCUAACAGUUCUCCGCUGUUUCCUGGACACUAAACCAACAACAGCCUUCCCCAUUGCAAGUCAAGAUGGAUUCCCUUGGCUUUUCAGACUACAUGAAAUAAUUAAGAGAGAAAGAUGCUGCGGCUCUGAUGCUCUCGUGGCGUGUUCGGCUCUGAAGCGUCUGUACAGGCAGAUCCUCCGCCACGGCUCCACGGUCCUCACUCCUCCCUCCACCUGUCCACGUCCACACGUCUCGCCUCCUCUUGACGUGUUUUUCAUCUAUCUGCAUGGCAGUUAUGACUUCAUCCACCAGAGGCUGGCGGCCCGGAGGGGACAUUACAUGAAAGCAGACCUGCUGCGUUCUCAGUUUGACAUUUUAGAGCCUCCAUCAGAGGAGGAGAACUUCCUGUCCCUGGACGUCGGGAGGAGCAUCAGUGAUAUGGCGGGAGAAGUGGAAAAGCACGUCCUCAGUCUGAAGCAUCAGCAGCAGUGAAUCAGUGACCGCAGCACCAGACUGUGAUGGAUGUCCAAAGGGACAGAACAUGUGGUCGUACACGACUUUAGCUGCUGUGCCUUGUGCAUCUACAACUUUCAUUUUUCUAAAAUAUUUAAAAUGUAUUUCUGAAUUAAUUUGAAAUAAUUUGUGUAAAGAAUUAGCUCAGCAGAGGACUAUUGUGAUUUAUCUAAAUAAAAGUUUGAAUGCUUCAGAAUCAAAUACCUGCAGAGAGUGGACAUUUCAGAUGUCUGUGGACGUUUAUUAUGCAGAAGGAACACGAUGACCUUCAUCAUGCUGACACUUGUCUUUGUACUUCUUUUUGAAUUAAACUCAAGGUGUAACUAGA